AUAAUUAAAAUUAUCGAGGUAAAUAGUAGAACCUUGUGUUUCCCCUGGAACUCUCAAAAGUUAAUUUCUCCAAAAUAUUUCAUUUUUCGAUUUUGUUAAUUUCUGUAAUUCUACAACUCAUCACUUAAUUAAUUUUGUUUGAGUGAACUGUUUGAUUUGUAUUUUAGUGUGCAGAAAAAGUUUCAGGAAAUUUCUUCUUUGCUUAUGCAAAGGAGUGAGGGUAAGGAGUUGCUGCCACUAAUUCACGAAAUCGAGAAAGCCUGUAAGUAAAUCCGAAAAUAGGCAAGGGUAGGGAGAGCCAAAACAACCAAAUUGACACCAACCUCACAAAAAGGCUAUCAAAUUGAGAGUUCCACCUCUUCACCAAUAGACAACAUGGAGGAGGGAGCGAUCAAUGGCCAUAACACAAACCAAAACAUCAACCACCACCACCAGCAAGAGAGGAGAGAUGAUCCACCUGAAGAUCGUUCCACACGGAGCAAGCUAAACCAAAGAACUGGAGCCCGAGCUUUAGGUGUUGUCAUUCCAACUGGCAACACCAAUCUCGACAUCACACCAUCCUUCAUCAACAUGAUCACAAAUGGCUACACAUUCUCAGGAGCAAGUAUAGAAGAUCCUCAUGACCAUUUGAGGAGAUUUUGUAGCAUUUGUGACACCAUGAAGAAUCCUGGCGUGUUAGAUGAUGCAAUCCGGCUGCGUAUGUUUUCAUUCUCAUUAAUAGGUCGAGCGGCUCAUUGGUUCCAAAACCUGGCGCCUCAAUCUAUCACCACGUGGGCGCAACUAGAAAAAGAUUUCCUAAACAAGUACUUUCCACCAUCCAAGGCUAUGAAGAGGCAGAAUGACAUUGCAGAUUUCGAGCAAAUUGAUGACGAGAGCCUAAGUGAAGCUUAGGAGCGUUAAAAAGAGCUACUUCUCAAAUGCCCAAGCCAUAGUCUAGAAGAAUGGACUGUUAUCUCCAUAUUCUGUGAUGGAAUAAAUAGAGUAUUUAGAGAAGCAUUGAACCAUGAAUCUGGUGGAGGAUUUACAACCAUGGAGCCCGGAGCUGCCUACAACCUUGUUGAAAGAAUAUGCCUAAAUGAAAAUGAGUGGGGUGGAGAGAAGAGUUCUCGAAUGAGAGGAGGUAUCCAUGAAGUAGACAAGUAUAUCGGCUUGGAAGCUCGACUAGAAGCCAAGUUGGAUUCAAUGUCUGAACUCAUUGAGAGAAAGUGUAUGUUGGGAGCUACUCAACCAAGAGAGGUCAACUAUAUGAAAAACCAAAGAAAUCAAGGUGGUGUAUACUCCAACACCUACAAUUCUGGAUGGCGUGACCAUCCCAACUUCUCAUGGUCCAACAACAAUGUUGGAGCCCGAAGCAACAAUGCGCCUCCUAGAUUUCAACCUCAAGAACCUCUAGAAGAGAAGAAGCCCGCUUUUGAAGAGCUCCUAUUUUCACACAUGAGGAAGAUGGAGAACAACAUGAAGGGGCUAGAUGAAUUUGUUGCUCACACCACCAAUCAACUUGAAGAACAAAAAGUGAUCAACAAUACUAUGCAGACAUCCAUACUUAGAAUGGGGGAGCAAAUGAGUCAAAUGACUCAAAUUCUUGCAAAUAUUCAAUAUCGCAUAUCGGGAACUUCCCAAAGCAAUAUCGAGAAGAGUAUGGAUGUCUAUUCCAUAACGUUUAAAAGUGGAAAAGAGCUAAAGGAGACAACCCCAAAGAUCCAAAAUUCAUCAAAAGGCAAGGAAGGUGCUGAAAAUUUUUCUACAGAAAAUUUAGAGACUGAUGUGCAGGUUCAAAAUGCAGGCACUUUGACACUGCACAUGCAUUCGUCAACUGCACCUCCAAAACAUGAAAAAUAAAAAGAAGAAGGAGUCAAGCCUUAUGAACCCCCUGCACCUUUCCCUCAAAGAUUGAUGAAGCCCCAAGAUGAUCCAAACUACAAGAAAUUCCUCAACCUCUUCAAACAACUCCAUAUCAACAUACCAUUGGCCGAGGCGUUGGAGCAAAUGCCUACUUAUGCAAAGAUAUUGAAAGAGUUGCUUACUAAUAAGCGCAAUUGGGUUGACAUUGAGAAGGUAACCCUUAAUUCUGAAUGUAAUGUUGUGAUUCAAAAUAAAGUUUCAAAUAAAAGGGACGAUCCAGGGAGUUUCACUAUCCCUUGUAUUAUUGGUGGCAAAGAGUUUGAUCAUUUGCUUUGUGAUCUUGGAGCGGCGGUCAACGUGAUGCCUUUUUCAGUCUACAAGAAGUUGAGAUUGAAAAGUUCUUUAAAGUCCACUCAUAUCACUAUUUGAUUGGCUGAUCGUUCCACGAAGGUACCAAAUGGAAUAGUAGAGAAUGUAUUGGUCAAGGUGGGGAAAUUCAUAUUUCCGGUAGACUUUGUUGUCUUGGAGAUGGAAGAAGACCAAUAUGUUCCUCUCAUUUUUUGAAGACCAUUCUUAGCCACUGGCAAUGCACUCAUUGAUGUAAGAAGAGGUAAAUUGACCUUGAGAGUAGGUAAAGAGGAGGUAAUUUUCAAUUUCUUUCCAUUUUAUCAUAAUCAUGAGUAUUUUGAUACCUCCAAAAGUAAUGUCCAAGAAAGGAAAAGUACAUCUUCCUCUCACAAGGUUAUGCAAAAAUUUCCAAAGUCGCAGAUUAAAGAAUUGGGAGAGGUACUAUACUUGAAGGAGAAUGAAACUGGACAAGUGAAAGAGCCAUCACAAAAACUAUCAUCUCGAGUGGACAGAUCAAAGCAAGGGCAUGAAUCUUCACCAGAUUAUCUAAAGCCAAAAUAUUUGGGUAAGGAUUUUGAUCUUCUUGUUGCUAUUCCUUCUUCACUAACUUUUAAGCAAGAAGAGUACCUGCUUGAGGCACUUCAACAUCACCUACGCCUCACCGAUGGACUAAACAAGCAUGCUAGAA